UGUUCCAUUAGAGAGGGGCACCUCUGAGGUCUUUCGGCAGAGGGAAGCACGAGCUGCUCGCCUCGCCAAUGAGAUUGAAUCAAGCCCGCAGUAUCGCCGUCGCGCCAGCCUGGAAAACGAUGAAGGCAAAAGCGAGGAGGACAAGUACAGCUCUGUGCUGAGGGAUGGCAGCGAUCGGGAAAGGGAUCAUGAGAGUCCUCGUGAAAGAGGUCGAGACAGUCCUGGAGCCAGCAGCAGAGAGGGAAAGUACAUUCCACUACCUCAGCGUCAGAGAGAGAUGAACCGAGAGAGAGCUGAGAGAGGUCCUGGUGGUCCUCCGCCACACAACCGCCUCAGRGGAGGUUACCGCCCUUCUACAUCCUCAUCUUCCUCUCCAAGACCCCCGCUCUCCUCUGCUGGGGGACCUCAGCCUGGAGUUUCUCCAUCAGAGAGAAYCAGCCCUCUGUCAAGUCGAAGCGGGGCCUACGCUCCCCACCACCCACAGGGUAGCCACAGCCCAGGUUCUGGUGCCGCAAGCCCGUACACGCCUGCCUCCCCCGGUGGACCUACAUCCACGCCAGCCUCUGCUUCUAAUGCCACCUCCCCAUCCAGCCCCCCUGCCCCUCAUGGACACGCAGUUCCUCAUUCUCACUCCCUUCCCCUCUCUCUGUCGGACGCUGGCAGGCCUAUCAAUGGUGUUUCUACUAGAACAUCUCCCAAAGCUCAAAGACCUCCACAGUCAAGCAGGACAAACAGGAACACAAACUUUCACUCUCAGCCCACAGCUAUUCGUUCCCCGAAAUCAGGUUCUUCACACGACACACCUUAUUUGGACACUUCCUCCGUCUCCCUGCCUGCCCAGAAGACGUCUGGCCCUGCUCCUCUCUUCCCUGUAGAUGUGAAUGAGAUCCUUGGUGCAGCUGCAAAAGAAAGAUCUGCAGAGAGUCCGAGCAGCACAGAGGACAGCAAAAGCAGUAAAGCUCCUUCAGUUCAACAAAGGUCGCAGAUUGAAGAGCUGCGGAAAUUUGGCAAAGAAUUCAGGCUCCAGCCAAGUGCAGGCAGCUCCAGCUCGCCCACGUCUCCAGCAGCAGCAACGCCUCCUUCAGUCGGUGAGGUCACUCAGCAGAGUGCAACCAAGCCGCCUUCGUCAGACGCUCACCCUGCUUCAGAGGCCAAGCCUCAGCCUCCCGCUGCCAGCCCAUCACAGCCUCAGCAUUCCCCAGCUCCCACCGAGGAGCCCAUCAAGGACACAACCACCACACUGGGUUCUGCAGCUGCAACAAACACAACACCUAUUUCAGACAGGCAGUCACCAGCAACCCCUCAGCCAGCCAGGACCCCAGGAAGUGAGGACGUGAGGUCCGAGUCGACGGAGAGGACAGAUGGUGUGGCAGACCAAGUAAAGAAAUCAACUUUAAAUCCAAAUGCUAAAGAYUUCAACCCUAACAAAUCCCAAAUGCCCAUGACAAAGCCCAACACAGCACCCACCCCACCUCGUCCAACACCUCCAAGCCCGGUGGUCCUGCAGCACGGGCAGGGGCCGCUCUAUAAUACUCCCUACCUCUCUUAUGUCUCACAGAUUCACCCUGUGCAGCCUCCACCGAUGUACCAGUACACAAUGUCUACAGUUAACCAAGGAAAAUARGCCAGGACCAAAGGCUCAGUGGUGGCUCCACGUUCUGAUCAUGGUACUUCAGCACCUCAGAUGCUUCAAGCUGCUGCGUCGGCUGCUGGAGCUCCUCUGGUGGCAUCCCCCUACCCUCAGUCCUACCUUCAAUACAACCCGCAGCAGUACGGCCAGCAGCAGGUCCUCCAGGCCAUGGCGCCCUACCCUGGACAGCCAAUGUACUCCAUGCUUCAGGGUGGKGCAAGGAUGAUAAGUCAAGGUGCUGGUCCUCAUCCACAAGCUCUCGGACCACCUGGAGGACCUCAGUUCUCUGCGCAGGGAGAGGGACCUCAGGGGCCACAACAGGGCAUCUAUGCUCCACAGUCGUUCUCCCAUCACUCAGGUGCAGUUCAUCAGCCACAGCCUUCCAGUACCCCAACAGGCAACCAGCCCCCACCCCAGCAUYCUGCUCCCAGUCCUGGACAGAACACCCAGUCGGGCCCACAGCCUCAGUCGUUGUACCACUCAGGCCCGUUGUCGGCCCCCACACCACCCAACAUGGCUCCAGGUCACACGUCUCCGCAGGGCUCUUACCCCAUUCAGGGCUACAGCAUCCACAGCCACCAGGGCAUCCCACCAACUUACCCCCUGGGCCAGCUAGCACAGGCCCACGUCCAAGGAGCCAUGCCAGGUCCUCACCACACAGGCAGCCAUGGUCAGCCCCAGUUAGUAAUGUUGCAGACUGCUCAGCAGGGUCCCGGCGGAGUGCCCCAGCACCCUCAGCAUGGACCUCAGCAAGGAGCACACCAGCACUUUUACAUAGGACACCCACAAGCGAUGCAGGUACAAACUCACCCUGCUUCGUUCCACCCACCUGGAAACUAAAACCUCUCUGCCUCCAUGACGUCCUGAACUCUGCCCACCCCACCUGUUGGACAUGAAGUCCAGGGAAACACAACACAUAACAAAACCGACAGAAUCUUACGGAGAGAAGACACCCUGACAGCACCGUACUCUUCUGCUGUAACGUCAGUCAGAACAAACCUCAGUGUCAGCCCCGACCGAGGACGUUUUUAAUGGUAAUGAAGAUGAGGACAGCAGCAGCGUCCAACCCCUUUAACACCUCCCCAGUUUUUUUUUUUCUCUUUUCUUUUAGACGUGAGGCACUUUGCUGGGUGAACCAGUGGGCGAAUGGAAAAACAGAUGGGAAAAAAACAGCAGCAAACUUUUUUUCCUCUCUCUCUUCCGGAAAUGCAUUUUAGCCUUGAGGUCUUGUGAAUACCACAACACAAACAGGAAACAAAGACUGUCAGAAAAAUCUUGGGACGACAGGAGAUGUGAAGACAUGAGGGGAUUUUUAGAAAUUUUUUUAACUCAAUCUCUAGUAGUUAAGACCACACCUUUGCCCAUCUUCUCCUGUAGGAAAAUCUAAUUUAAAAAAAAGGACAAGACAAAAAAAAAUUAAAAACAAUGACUAAAAAAUAAAGUUCUCAACUCUA